AUGAUCACCUCAGCCGCUGGAAUUAUUUCUCUUCUGGAUGAAGAAGAACCACAGCUUAAGGAAUUUGCACUACACAAAUUGAAUGCAGUUGUCAAUGACUUCUGGGCAGAAAUUUCUGAGUCUGUAGACAAAAUAGAAGUUUUAUAUGAAGAUGAAGGUUUCCGGAGUCGGCAGUUUGCAGCCUUAGUGGCAUCUAAAGUAUUUUAUCACCUGGGGGCUUUUGAGGAGUCUCUGAAUUAUGCACUUGGAGCAGGUGACCUCUUCAAUGUCAAUGAUAACUCUGAAUACGUGGAGACUAUUAUAGCAAAAUGCAUUGAUCACUACACCAAACAGUGCGUGGAAAAUGCAGAUUUGCCUGAAGGAGAAAGAAAACCAAUUGACCAGAGAUUGGAAGGCAUUGUGAAUAAAAUGUUCCAGCGAUGUCUGGAUGAUCACAAAUAUAAACAAGCUAUCGGCAUUGCUCUGGAGACACGAAGAUUGGAUAUCUUUGAAAAGACUAUAUUGGAGUCGAAUGAUGUCUCAGGAAUGCUAGCUUAUAGCCUCAAGCUCUGCAUGUCUUUAAUGCAGAAUAAACAGUUUCGGAAUAAAGUACUAAGAGUUCUAGUUAAAAUCUACAUGAACCUGGAGAAACCUGAUUUUAUCAAUGUUUGUCAGUGCUUAAUUUUCUUAGAUGAUCCCCAGGCUGUGAGUGAUAUCUUAGAAAAACUGGUGAAGGAAGACAACCUCCUGAUGGCUUAUCAGAUUUGUUUUGAUUUGUAUGAAAGUGCUAGCCAGCAGUUUUUGUCAUCUGUAAUUCAGAAUCUUCGAACUGUUGGUACCCCUAUCCCUUCUGUGCCUGGAUCCACCAAUACGGGUACUGUUCCAGGAUCAGAGAAAGACAGUGAGUCAAUGGAAACAGAAGAAAAGACAGGUAGUGUACUUGUAGGAAAGACACCAGAAGCGAGUCCAGAGCCUAAGGAUCAGACUUUGAAAAUGAUUAAAAUUUUAAGUGGUGAAAUGGCUAUUGAGUUACAUCUGCAAUUUUUAAUACGAAAUAAUAACACAGAUCUCAUGAUUCUAAAAAGCACAAAGGAUGCAGUACGGAAUUCUGUAUGUCAUACAGCAACUGUUAUAGCAAACUCUUUUAUGCAUUGUGGGACUACAAGUGACCAGUUUCUUAGAGAUAACUUGGAAUGGUUGGCCAGGGCCACUAACUGGGCAAAAUUUACAGCUACAGCCAGUUUGGGUGUAAUUCACAAGGGUCAUGAGAAGGAAGCAUUACAGUUAAUGGCAACAUAUCUUCCCAAGGACACCUCUCCAGGAUCAGCCUAUCAGGAAGGUGGAGGUCUCUAUGCAUUAGGUCUAAUUCAUGCCAAUCAUGGUGGUGAUAUAAUUGACUAUCUGCUUAACCAGCUUAAGAAUGCCAGCAAUGAUAUCGUUCGACAUGGUGGCAGUCUGGGCCUUGGUUUGGCUGCCAUGGGGACUGUACGCCAGGAUGUGUAUGAUUUGCUAAAAACAAACCUUUAUCAGGACGAUGCUGUGACAGGGGAAGCAGCUGGCCUGGCCCUAGGUUUAGUUAUGUUGGGCUCUAAAAAUGCCCAGGCUAUUGAGGAUAUGGUCGGCUAUGCACAAGAAACUCAACAUGAGAAGAUUCUGCGUGGUCUUGCAGUUGGCAUUGCACUAGUAAUGUACGGGAGGAUGGAAGAGGCCGAUGCUCUCAUUGAAUCUCUCUGCCGUGAUAAGGACCCAAUUCUUCGACGGUCUGGAAUGUAUACCGUAGCCAUGGCUUACUGUGGCUCAGGUAACAACAAAGCUAUACGACGCCUGCUACAUGUUGCUGUGAGCGAUGUUAAUGACGAUGUCAGAAGAGCAGCAGUAGAAUCACUUGGGUUCAUUCUAUUCAGGACCCCUGAACAGUGCCCCAGUGUUGUUUCAUUGUUGUCAGAGAGUUAUAAUCCUCACGUGCGUUAUGGAGCUGCCAUGGCCCUGGGCAUCUGCUGUGCUGGUACAGGAAACAAGGAAGCAAUUAAUUUGCUAGAACCAAUGACAAAUGACCCUGUGAACUAUGUGAGGCAAGGAGCUCUCAUAGCUUCGGCUCUCAUCAUGAUCCAGCAGACUGAAAUCACUUGUCCAAAGGUGAGUCAGUUUAGACAACUGUAUUCCAAAGUCAUCAAUGAUAAACAUGAUGAUGUCAUGGCCAAGUUUGGUGCUAUUCUGGCCCAGGGAAUAUUGGAUGCAGGUGGUCAUAAUGUCACAAUAUCCUUACAGUCUAGGACUGGACAUACCCAUAUGCCUUCUGUGGUUGGCGUCCUUGUCUUUACCCAGUUCUGGUUCUGGUUUCCUCUUUCACAUUUCCUUUCAUUGGCUUAUACCCCUACCUGUGUCAUUGGCCUUAACAAGGACUUAAAGAUGCCGAAAGUUCAGUAUAAAUCAAACUGUAAACCAUCCACAUUUGCAUAUCCUGCCCCACUGGAAGUACCAAAAGAAAAAGAAAAGGAAAAGGUUUCCACAGCUGUUUUAUCUAUUACUGCCAAGGCGAAAAAGAAAGAAAAAGAAAAAGAAAAAAAGGAGGAAGAAAAAAUGGAAGUGGAUGAGGCAGAGAAGAAGGAAGAAAAAGAGAAGAAAAAAGAACCUGAGCCAAACUUCCAGUUACUGGAUAACCCAGCCCGAGUUAUGCCUGCCCAGCUGAAGGUUCUGACAAUGCCAGAGACUUGUAGAUACCAGCCUUUCAAACCACUCUCCAUUGGAGGUGUCAUCAUUCUGAAGGAUACCAGUGAAGACAUUGAAGAGCUGGUGGAACCCGUGGCAGCCCAUGGCCCGAAAAUCGAGGAGGAGGAACAAGAGCCAGAACCCCCAGAACCAUUUGAGUAUAUUGAUGAUUAA